AUGGCCUCCAAGCUGCUGCGGGCCGUGGUGCUCGGCCCCCCCGGCUCGGGCAAGGGCACGGUGUGCGAGAGGAUCGCCCGCAGCUUCGGGCUGCAGCACCUCUCCAGCGGGCAGUUCCUGCGGGAGAGCCUCGGCGGAGGCGGCGAAGCUGGAGUCCUGGCACAGCAGUACCUCGAGAGGGGCCUCCUGGUGCCUGACCACGUCAUCACGCGCGUGAUGAUGGCGGAGCUGGAGAAGCGGCGGGAGCAGCACUGGCUGCUCGAUGGUUUCCCUCGGACGCUGGGACAGGCCAAGGCUCUGGAUGGGAUCUGCGAGCUGGAUCUGGUGAUCAGCCUCAACAUCCCCUUCGAGACGCUGAAGGAUCGCCUGAGUGCGCGCUGGGUGCACCCCGCCAGCGGCAGGGUCUACAACAUGGACUUCAACCCUCCCCACACCCAGGGUGUGGAUGACCUGACAGGAGAGCCCCUGGUGCAGCGUGAGGAAGACAGGCCCGAGGCCGUGGCGGCGCGGCUCAGGAAGUACAAGGACGCUGCCAAGCCCGUGAUCGAGCUCUACAAGAGCAGAGGAAUCCUUCACUCCUUCUCUGGCACAGAGACCAACAAGAUCUGGCCCUACGUGUACACCCUGCUGUCCAGCAGGAUCCCACCCAUCCUCCUAGAUGAGGAGCACUGAACAGCUCCUGCCAAGGACUGGGAUCUCAUUCCAUCGUGGAUUUGGUUCCCAGCACAGUGCCAGGGCUGUGCUGGGAUUGAGAGAUCAUGAGCUGGGUGGAACUGGUGGACACCAGUUACAGCCAGGAUCAGAUCUUUGUUUAGAAGGUCGAGUCUGCUGGAUAAAGGGUUUUUUUUUUUCCCCUCUUUUGGGGCUCUGGAGUUCUCCUGCCUGUGGUGCAUCCCGGAUUGGUGAUGCUGACCAGGGCAUUGGCCAUUCCAGGUUUACACAGCUUUGCCAUGGUGUCCUUGCCAUCCCUUUCCAGCCCCUGAGCCCUGGCUGAGCCCACAUGUGCCAUCCUGUCGCUCCACAGGAUCGUUUACUGCCGAGGACUCUCUAGGCUGAGGUGUUUGGGGGUGUUUUGUCCCUAUAAAUUAUUUUCUAGUCAAUGUAUUUCUCAGAGAAAUAAAGCUCCAGAAAGCACCACUUAGCCCAGUGGGAAUUUUGGGAGCAAGGUGGGAAAUUACAAAGCUGAGAGAGGUGAGGAUCACAUUUCCAGCAUUGAUACACACAAAAGAGGCAAAACAUGGGAGGUGAAACAUUCCCUUGUGCUCUUCCCACAGGGAGAGCUGAGCUCUGGGCUAGGAAAAGCUGCUGUACAGGUUUUUAUGGAAUGCUGGGAGGCUGAGCAGGAGCUGGGCUGGGAGCAGGACCUUUGUGCUUUCCUGGUUUAUAGCUUUUAAUACCACAAGAUAGCGAUGUGCUAUGAGUUUCUCCCAAAGAUUUAUCUCCAUGUGUGCUUCAGUUUUGGGGUGAAAUCAGCUCAUUCCAUCUCCUGUGUUGCCUUUUGUCCCCGAGGUGCCCUGGCCAGGGGCUCCCUUUAGCUGCUCCUGCUGCGUUCCCCAGCAAAGUGAUUCCCAUCCUCAAAUCCCAGAGACUUUUCCUUCCUUGGGAUGCAGCCAGGGCCAUGCCCAGGUGUUUUCCCACCAUUUACAGCAUCCUUGGAUUGUCUUGGGGCCGGGUUUUUCCUCAACUGGAAGUGCUGUCACCCUCUUUUUGUAGGAUGCAGUACCCGAGCAAUGGGGACAUUGUCUCCUCGAGUUGCCUUAUUUUAUAAACUCUGUAUUUUAGGGGGAAAAAAAAUUAAGAAAAGCAAAAAAAGAAAAGCAAGAUCUGUAUUUGUAAAGGUUAAAAAAAGCCAACAGAAAAAGCUCUGAAUUUCAGCAUCAGCUUUUGGGAAUUGUGCAUGGAGCUGCUGGAUCCACAGGGAAUGCUGCUUCAGGCAGGGGGGAUCGCAGGAACCUGGCACUGCCUGGCACCUCUUGGAUUAAUCAGAGCAGCCUGGGAACCUUUCUGCUGCUGGAUGUCCCUGGGUUUAUUUUUCCUUGGAGAGUGGCCCACAGCAGCCAAAGGGGAAUGACAGGAUUUUUUUUUAGGGAUUUUUUUUUUUUUUCCGUGUGUGAAACUUCAGCACCUGCCUGGGUUUAUUUCUCCCAGCUGAGCAUCCUCGUGCUGAGCAAGGAUCCCCUAAAAUCUGCUUCAUCCUGGUGCUCUCCCCAGUGGAGCCAGAGCUGGAUCACUGCCCACAUCCCCCCCCUGCUCAGCCCUGCCUGGGGGAGAGGCCAAAGCUCUCCCACCCUGCCCCAGGUGGGGAUUUUCCAGGUGGGAACCAAGGGAUUGUCAGGUGUCACUGCUGUCCCAGGGGGCCUUUCCAUGCUGGGAGUCUUCCAGCCGGCAAUGCAAUCCUAUUUCAGAAAGAUUUGGGAUUUUCCCAUGACCCUGGGAUGAAGGUCUGGGCUGGUUUUAGACACAAAUCCAGAAAUAGCCAAAACCUGUGCACUGCUUUCUUUGGAACAGCUUUGGCCAGGAGGGGAGGAGAUUUUUAUGGGGGGUCUUUUAGGUUAUAAAAGCAGCUGAGUGCCAGGCAGAGAGGCUGAUCCCUGCUUUGCCUUGUCCUGUCCUUGUGUCCUGUCCUUCCCUCGUGCAAAAUUCCUUCUGCAGAGAGAAUUCCACGCAGCCCAGCACAGGACAGGCCUGCAGAUGCCUUUCCCAGGCUUUGAGCCCUGUAACAGCUGUAGAAAUCCCAUGGCUGUGCAUGCCUCCAGCCCUCGGGAUGGGUUUUUCUACCGGACCUGUUGCAUUUCCCGAGACCAAAUUCCAGCGGGGAUGGGUUUCUGUCCCUCGCUGUGCCCCUGCCGCGCUCCCCUUCGGUAUUUUACUGUGAAUUCCGACCCUUUUGUAAAGCCACAGCAAUUUUGUACUGACCCGAGAUACUGUGUGGAGGGAGGAGCCUCUCCCCCCUGGAAUGUCACGCCGAGUUUUUUCUUCCCGGAGUUUUCUUCCCGGAGUUUCCUGCCGGUGAAUCGCUGCAGCUGUGUUUCUGCUCUCAAGAUGUAAAU